UAGAAUUAUGAAUGAGGUUUUUUAGGGCUGAGUAUGGGAGUCCACGGUGCGAGGGUAUUUGUUGAUGUCCGGCCUUGCUGUCCUGCACCAGAGUUCAGGUAGCUCACAACCAACACACCAUGCAACCCCGCAUAGCAUCUCUCCGUGCCAGGGAAAGCCUUCUGAGUGAAGCUCAAAGACAGAGGGCGAAACAGACUUCUACACACACACCCAGCCCACCCUGAAGCACACACGCUCUCUGACAUCCUCCAACUGGCAGACACAUACAGUACAUACAUACACAGUGACCGACAAAGGAGGGCAUGGGAAACUCCUCUCAAAAAGAAGGGGAGGAGGAAAAGGGAAAAGAAAAAGAAAAAGCGGAUGACAGUGAGGCGGAAGUGGAGGAAGAGGAAACGCCAAAAGUGAAAGAAGAGGAGGUGAAACAAAAGCUGCCUUCGUGUUUUAACGAGUUAAUCUCGAGUGGAGAUCCAGUGCUGGACCUGAGCCAUUUUCGUCUCCGAUACCUCCCUAAGGAAGUUCUGGGCCUGGAACAUUUGGAGAAACUGUAUGUCUGUGGAAACCGGCUUCGCAAUCUGCCUGAUGGCAUUGCUAAGCUGCACGGCUUGCGGACUCUUGCGCUUGACAUAAACAAACUGGAUGACGUCCCGCCGAGUGUGUGCCAGUUGGCCAACCUCACCCGCCUCUACCUUGGCAGCAAUCGGCUGAUGAGCCUGCCGCCAGAUUUCAGAAACCUGCAGAGCCUACGUUGUCUCUGGGUGGACGGUAACUACUUUCAGCACUUCCCCAAGCAGCUAUAUGAGCUCCCUCACCUGCGUGCGCUGCAGAUCGGUGACAACAAACUUACAACGCUGCCGUCAGACAUGUGGCGCAUGGAAGCGCUGCGCUGCAUUUGGCUCUAUGGCAACCGCUUCACCGAGUUCCCACGUGUUCUCCUGAAGAUGGAGCAGCUGGAGGUUCUGGAUUUAGACCGAAACCGUAUCUCAGAGUUCCCAAGUCUGCUGCAGUUCCCAGCACUCCGACUCUUUUCCUAUGACCACAAUCCUGUGAAGGGGCCACCGUGUUUUGGACAGGAUGUUGUGAUUGUUGGGGAAGGGGCAGCAGAUGCCAUGGAGCUAAGGGAGAUGAAAAAGGAAAGGAAGCUGCAAGCUAAAAGAGACGCAGAGGCGGCAGCUGCAGCAGCUGCGGCCGCAGCAGCUAGCCCGAUCGUCCAUGGAAUACUAAAGAAACUCAGAAUGAGCAAGACUUCGACAACAAGUAAUGCAGUAACAGCUGAUGAAGAUGUGACAUUACGGGGCAAAGAAGAAGAAGAAGUGGCGUCUGAAAGACAUAAGGCAUUUUAUUCUAAGGAGCUUGAAUAUGAGGGUGAGGGGUAUGAUGGUUAUGGAAGGGCAGAGUUGGAAUAUGAACAAGCUGAGACAGGCUAUGAGUAUGAAGGGGAGGAAGCUGAGCAAGGAAGAUGAGUGUAAUGAUCGAUUCCUCCCCUCGAUUAAGUGAAUACUCUACUCUAGCAUUUUUCAACAUAAUAUCCAUUUACCACAUCUGCACUAUAUAUGCAAAUUCCACACAAUUCCCUGUACUGAGAAAAGAGCAGAGAACCCAAAGGCCGAAACUCACUCUUAAUAGAGGUUUAAACGUAGUUGCUGAGUUCUCUUAGUAAACCGUUAAAACAUUGAAUUUUUUAUUUUUAAAAUUA